UGGCUGGAGGCUUUCCAGCCCCGGCUCACGCAAUGCUAACUCCGCACGCAACGGGGAGGCGACAGGCGGAGGAGGGGAAGCUCUUCGGCUUCCUCAGCCCCUAAGAUGCAGGCGAGACUUCGCCUCCCGACAGCGAGAGCUGCGAGCCCGCCCGCCACCCCUCUCCCCUCCCGGCACCUCCUCCGCUAAAACUUUUGGCCCCGGCCAUAAAAGCAUCCGCGGCUCAGCCGCUCCGCUUGGCGAGGGCCCAAGGGCAGCUGGCAAAUAAGUGCGACCCCUCAAGCCAGGGGACGGGCCAGGCAGCAGCGAUUUGCCAGCGGGGCCGCCCGCGUCCCGCCCGCACCGCGCCGCGCACCGGGGAUGCCGGCGGGUUUAAAGCCGGGAGUGGCAAUGCCAGGCGCCCAGAGGUGGCGGCUCCGGUGCCGGCUGAGCCUGAGAGCAGCGGGCCGUCCUCUCCGCGCCCUCUGAGCCGCUCGCCUUCGCUCCCUGCGGCGGGCUGGGCUGGCCCCGUCCCGUCCCCGCAGCCCAGCAGGCGGGUGGGAGGGAGAGACAGAGGGAGGGGGCGCAGCAGCCCGCUCGCUCCCGGUCCGCGGGGCUGCUCGGGGCAGGUGGCUGCCUUGGGGCGAGCUCCGAAGGGUUAAAGCGCUGGGAAGGUGAUAACUGCGCUGGGAUCGGGUGCAACUGGCAUUUGCCUGCGCAUGGCCUGGCAAGCUCCGGGUGACAGGUACCGGAGCUCCUAAUGAGUUUCCCAAAGCCUUGGAUCUGAACGCUGCCGUCGCCGCUCUCCUCCCGCGGCUGUUCAUUAGAGCUGCCGCCGGCUGCACAGCUCCUCUCCAUCCUACCCAAGGUCUCGGAUGGAAGCAGCGUGCAACAGGGAGCGAUGUGCAGCGGUGGAAUUAACCUGUCUCCGGCGCACGGCGAGUGCCUGCAUCUCAGGAGGCUCAUCAGGCGAGAGCAUCCUCCUGCUUCCCUCUGUGCCUCUCUCAGCCGUGACCUGUUGGAGCUCUCGCUGAGAACUUUCCCUACCGGCGGAGAGAGAGCAGCGGCCCCCCCGCCAAAUACGACUUCGAUCUCUUAUUAGGAACUUGACACUGGAUUAUCCAUUAUCCCUUGUCUUUUGCACAGGAUUCGGGGGACUUUAGGCACACGAGGAGAACAUAGCAAGGACUUGCCCGGACUCCGAGCGCUGGGACAGCUGCCGGCGCUCACCUCCGCCACGCCAGCGCGCCCCGUCCGGGCUUCCCCUUGCCCGCGGGACCUGAAGGUUCCUCCCCCGUGGGGACGCUGACCACUGACUUUUCCCUUUCCCUUGCAGCAUGGCCCUCGAGAAGCUCGGGGAAGCGUUGGGCGGCAUCCCCCCGUUGCAAAGCUCCCUCCUGCUCCUCCUCUGCCUGCUCGCCGCCAUCCACCUGGGCAAGCUCCUCCUGCAGCAUCAGCAGCGCCGGCGGCAGGGCCAGCGACGGGCGCCGCCGGGCCCUUUCCCCUGGCCCCUGAUCGGCAACGCGGCGCAGCUGGGCAGCGCCCCGCACCUCUCCUUCGCCCGGCUGGCCAGCACCUACGGCGCCGUGUUCCAGCUGCGCCUGGGGCGCUGGCCCGUCGUGGUGCUGAACGGGGAGCGCGCCAUCCGCCAGGCCCUCGUCCGCCAGGGGGCCGCCUUCGCCGGCCGCCCGCCCUUCCCGUCCUUCCAGCUGGUGUCGGGCGGGCUCAGCCUGGCCUUCGGCGGAUACUCGGAGCUCUGGAAGCUGCACCGGCGGGCGGCGCACGCCACGGUGCGCGCCUUCUCCACGGGCAGCCCCGCCACCCGCCGCCUGCUCGAGCAGCACCUGGUGGGCGAGGCGCGGGCGCUGGUGGCGCUGCUGGUGCGCGGCAGCGCCGGCGGCGCCUUCCUCGACCCCUCGCGCGUCCUGGUGGUGGCCGUGGCCAACGUGAUGAGCGCCCUGUGCUUCGGCCGCCGCUACAGCCACGGCGACGGCGAGUUCCUGCGGAUCGUGGGGCGCAACGAGCAGUUCGGGCGGGCCGUGGGCGCCGGCAGCCUGGUGGACGCGCUGCCCUGGCUCCAGCGCUUCCCCAGCCCCAUCCGCGCCGCCUACCGCGCCUUCCGCGACCUCAACCGCGACUUCUACGGCUUCGUCCGCGGCAAGUUCCUGCAGCACCAGCGCAGCUUGCGCCCCGGGGCCGCCCCCCGCGACAUGAUGGACGCCUUCAUCCGCCUGCAGCGGGAGCAGCCGUGGCUGCAGCUCGAGCACGUGCCCGCCACUGUCACCGACAUCUUCGGCGCCAGCCAGGACACCCUCUCCACCGCCCUGCAGUGGCUCCUCAUCUUCCUCAUCAGGUACCCAAAAGUGCAGGCUAAAAUGCAGGAAGAAGUGGAUAGGAUUGUUGGAAGAGACCGUCUGCCAUGUGUUGAAGAUCAGCCUCACCUGCCCUACAUCAUGGCUUUCCUGUAUGAAUCCAUGCGUUUCAGCAGCUUUGUGCCUGUGACUAUCCCACAUGCCACCACCACCAACACCUUCAUCAUGGGCUACCUCAUUCCCAAGGACACCGUCAUCUUUGUAAAUCAGUGGUCAGUGAAUCAUGACCCAGCAAAAUGGUCCAACCCAGAAGAUUUUGAUCCAACGAGAUUCCUGGAUGAGAAUGGGUUCAUCAAUAAAGAUCUUACCAGUAGCGUGAUGAUUUUCUCAUUGGGAAAACGUCGGUGUAUUGGAGAGGAGUUAUCCAAGGUGCAGCUCUUUCUCUUUACCUCCAUACUGGUGCAUCAGUGCAAUUUUACUGCUAAUCCAAAUGAGGACCCUAAAAUGGACUUUACCUAUGGGCUGACCAUUAAACCUAAGCCAUUCACCUUGAAUGUUACACUUAGAGAUACUAUGGAUUUGCUCGAUCAGGCUGUCCAAAGACUGCAAGCAGAGAAAGCAGCCAGUGAAAGCCAGCUCUCAGCAAAUGCCUAAGCAAUAAACCUUGCAUCUAAAGAUAAUCCCCCUUGCCCUUUUUAGACUUAUAUAACUCAUAGUUUGUUCUGGUGAUAUUUUUGGUACAUAGCCAAUAUUACACCUUAUAAAAGCAGGAAGAAAAUCUGUACAAGGUAUAAUUCAGUUGUCUUUUUAAUUCCAGGAGAGCCAGGGGAACAAGAUAUUAAAUGAUAAAACAUAUGCAGUUUGAAAGUAAGCCUUUUCUUUUCUAGCUUGUUCACAAAAGUUGCCAUUGUAAAGUGUUUUUUAUCUACUGACUGGUUGGAGUAUCUCCCGGAACUGUCUCUACAAGCCUUUCCAUGUCACCAUGCACUAUGCCUUAACUCUAAGUUUGCCUUCAGAGACUCCACAUUCCCAAGUGAAAUCUCUUAUUAAAAAACAAAGAAAUUUGUUUUGCUCAGUUGCUCAGAACACUACAGCCUGCUUCUGAAUUCACUCACUGGAAACUGCCACAGGUUCAUGGCAGCUCUGGUGUUGUGGCUGCUGGGAUGUACUUUAAUGCCUCAAUAAUAAGUGUUCAAAUGAUUUUUGGUAAAAUGACAAUGUAAAGUCUUGCCUUCAGCAUUCCAAAAUGUUUACCUAAAUGCCUAAAAAAAUAAAAGUCUUGCUUGUAAGCAUGCUUGAAACUAAAAUUCAUGUUUUAUAUGAAAAUGAACAGAAUGUCCUAAUAUAGUAACUUUCCGUAGUUUUGAAAGAUCAGAAUUCCUAUGUGACUAGAUGGCAAAGGUGAUACAAAUCAUAUGCUAAUCUGUUCAUUAGCAUGUUCAGGAACAAAAUAAGUAUUUGAAUUAAAUUUAUAAAGGUACAGCUGAACUUUAUGUUUCUCUAGGAAGGAGUUAAUAUCGUUGUCCCUAGGCAUGUAGGUAAGUCCAGUAAAAUCCACACUGGCCAAGGUAAUUAGAAGUGAGAUUGGGGGGUUUAUAUUAAAACAUGAAUGCCACAAGCCUCAAGUAAAGCAUACAGCAAAUAAUACCCCUACUCACUAAUCAUUCUGUUAGGUUGAGUUAAAUAGUAUAUCUGAAAAUCAGCUAUGUACUUGUAGUACAAUCUGUUUGGAACAAAGUCUCAGAAGGAAAAGUAAUGUUACAUGUUACAUUAAAGUACACAUUAACUGAAGAAAAAGUACUUUUAAAGUAUUUGCGAGGCAAAGUUCAUAAAAUUUUUUUUAAAACACCUCUUAUUUUAAAGUAAAACACACAUGAAACUUCAUGGCAUUGAACCUCCAGCUAAUGUUUGUAUACACAAAGCUCCAUAUUUCUCUAGAAAGCAAACAGCCUGAUUUUAAAAGCGUUAGGCACUUCUUUGGAGCUGCAGAUCACCUUCAGUUACAUAUGAAAUCCAUCAGACAUGAGAGUAUCUCACAUGACUUGCUGUGCUCAGCCAAGUACUUAACAAGGUAUUUGUAGAGCUAAAAAAAUAAGGGUACAGUGCUACAAAGUGAGGUAUCUCUGCUGAGGCCCAAGCAAGUAAGGAUUUGCACUGUGACUUCCGAUAGAUGACCAGUCUUUGUCACCUUAGCAGCAGGGACAGAGCUCCUACUGACUCUGGGAAGAGCUGGGUUAACAACACAAUCCCAGUCUUAAGUACAAGCUUUGCUACUGAUUUUAAAAACCUGAAUCAAGCCUACAAGCACUGCUCUAUAACCCCACACAGUCAUAAUGUACCUGUUUAAAGUCUCUGACUUUGACAUCUAUAAUAUCUUUUCAGAGCUAAACAAAGCUUUCUGCUACAUACACAUGGAGUAACCUCAGGCGUUUUUCUGAAUUACGUACAAGUCUGUGAUACCCCAGAACUUAGCCUAUACCUGUGAAAAGCUUUAUAAGAUACUCAGCAUUUUCAUAUGGAGAUCUACAUUAGAUCAAAUGCUAGCAAGACAAUUUUUCUUGUACCUUUGUAAGUACUGUUAUUAAAAGGAAUAAAGUAUGUAACCUACGGCUGAAUAGCUAUUCUAAUGCAAGGAUCAUCAAUACAUAUUUUAAUAAAAAACGGCUUUUGCAAUUUUGUACUGUUCCAAAAGCUUUAACUGUGCAUUGGCUACUAGUGCAAAAUCCCUCCACACUGCUCGUGUCAGUCAGGGGGUUACACACUGUAUAGCUGUUGGUCACAUAAUGUCUCAUGUAAUCUGUGAAGUUACUCAAAUUUAGUAGCACCUAUUUAGAAUGUAUGCAGUCAUUUAGCAAGCUAAAUUCUAUGGUCAUUUUGAGAUGUAUCAUUGUGUUACCAAAAUACUAAAUAAAAUUAUUCUUACACUA